AUGAAAAGAGUCAAAUAUACAGAAACAGCUAAUGAAAGGGCAAGCAGACUUGAAGAUAAGAGAGGCACUUAUAGAAAAACAAUGUCUGAAGAAACUGCUGAAAAGCGAAAAGAGAGACUUAAAAAUAAGAGAGACACUUAUAGAAAAAGAGUGUCUGAAGAAACUGUUGAAAAGCAAAAAGAGAGACUAAAAAGUUACAAAGACUCUUAUAGAAAAAGAACGUCUGAAGAAACUGUUGAAAAGCGAAAAGAGAGACUUGCAAAUAGGAGAGCCAGUUACAAAAGGUCUCAAACAAUUUCUGCAGGACAAAAAGAGAGCUCUGCUGGUCCAGUUCACGAACAAAAACAUGCACAAAAUAACAUGAACGAUUUUCAUAAGUCCAAUCAGUAUUCAGUUUGCCAAUGCACUGUCUGUUUUGAAGCAUGGCCAUUGAAAUCCAGUCCAAGGAAGGUUGAUCACUACCAGUGUCAGAGGUGCAUACGAGAUAAACAACAACCAAAAAAGUUUUCUAAGGAAAAUGACAUGGUGCCAUCAUUAGUACCUUUACAACUGCAGGGGUUAACCCAAGUAGAAGAAAUGCUUAUUGCACGUGCACUUCCUGUUAUGUGA